CUUUCUGAGGUUGCGCGCCGUUUAGUGUGGUCGGUCUUUGUGAGCUUCCAGCAUGGCGUACCGCGGCCAGGGUCAAAAAGUCCAGAAGGUGAUGGUGCAGCCCAUCAACCUCAUCUUCAGAUACUUGCAAAACAGAUCUCGGAUUCAGGUGUGGCUUUAUGAGCAAGUGAAUAUGCGGAUAGAGGGCUGCAUCAUUGGUUUUGAUGAGUAUAUGAACCUCGUAUUAGAUGAUGCGGAAGAGAUUCAUUCUAAAACAAAGUCAAGAAAACAACUAGGUCGGAUCAUGCUAAAAGGAGAUAAUAUUACUCUGCUCCAAAGUGUCGCCACCUAGAAAUGACUAAUGAAGUGAGAAAUUGUUGAGAAGCAAUACAGUUUGGUUCC